AUGGCCACCGAAAAUGCAGCAGGGAGCAGGGAGCUCGGAUCAUCCGCGCCGGAUCAUGACCUGUCAGUGGAUGAGAAGCAGGACUUCUCGACGAAAGAAAAGCACGUCGAGGUUAGCCCUGAAGAGGCGAAGAACCUCAGCUAUAACGAUGAUGAGGAGGAGCCCGAGAUCCACAUGCGAACAUGGGUUGCUCUUGGGGCGAUGUGGCUUUUGAAUUACGUUCAGGUUGUAGCACUUCAAGGUCCUCCGGCAGUGCUUGACUGGAUCGGACGAGACCUUGCAAGUCCAGAAACCCAAACCUGGGUGCCAAACUCGCUCUCCUUGGUACAAGCUGUUCUUGGACCAGUCAUUUCGUCGGCGUCAGACACUUUCCAGGCUCGUAAGACACUGCUCGUCGGAUCUAGCUUGGUGUCUCUCGUGGGUUCAGCCAUCGCACCUGGGUCGAACAGUAUCGGUCGACUCAUCGCAGCACAAACUUUGAUCGGGUUCGGCUUUGCCUCAGUACCACUCGCAUAUAGUGUCCCCAGCGAAAUUUUGCCUAGGAGAUGGCGCCCGAUUAUUCAAGCUUGUAUCAAUAUUGCUGCUGCUUGCGGUGCGAUCUCAGGCCCCUUAAUCAUUGGAGCCUUGACCAAGAAUAAUGCACAUACCGGAUGGCGUAACUUCUUUUGGAUACAAAUGGCACUCUGGGGAGUUACCGCCAUUGGCAUAUUCGUUGGCUACCGGCCACCAAAGCGACAUACUCGACUUGAUCAUCUCUCAUUCUGGCAGAAACUUGGACAUCUCGACCUACCCGGCUGUGGCUUGCUCACAGCUGGUCUGACGCUCUUCCUGACUGGACUUAACCUAGGUGGUAACUUAUAUGCCUGGACGAACGCUCGUACAUUGUCCACUUUGAUCAUUGGACUUGUCAUCCUCAUCGGGUUCGGUGUUUAUGAAUGGAAGGGCACUAAAACUGGUAUUCUUAACCACGACUUGUUCCGAGGUGGAAAGGCUCGUGGAAGAACGUUUGCUAUUUGCGUUGCUCUCAUCUUUGUUGAGGGUAUAAUGCUGUUUAGCUAUAUCGUCUUCUAUCCAGUGAUGACUUCCUCUCUUUUCGAAACUGAUCCUUUCCUCCUCGUUGCACGAUCGCAACCUUACUGGGUUGCCGGACUCUUCGCCACAAUUGUCUGGGGCACCGCUAGUACAAGAUUCCGAACCAUCCGAGAGCCAUUGUUCCUUGGUUACCUUCUCUUUACCGCUGGUAUUGUCGGACUGGCUACAAUGCAACCAGAUCACCAAAUAAAUCAACUAAUCUUUUCUGCUCUCGCUGGUAUCGGCUUUGGCUCGCCCCUAAUUCUCAUCAUCACUGGUGUCCAACUCUCCACACCUCAUAGCUUGAUUGCUACAGCUACUGCAGUCACAACGUCAUCUCGAGCGGUGGCUGCCACUGUAUUCACUGCAAUCUACGCAGCGACGUUGACCAGCGGUCUGACAUCAAAGAUCCCCAACUAUGUCGCGGCAGCCGGCGGCAAAGCCGGUCUUCCUGCAUCGUCCAUUCCUGCGUUUGUGGGUGCACUUGCGACGAACGACCCUGAUGCUCUCGCGGCCGUUCCGGGAAUUUCUCCCUCGAUCAUUGCUCUCGGCGUCGCCGCACUGAAGCAAGCAUUCGCCGACUCUCUCCGACCAAUUUACAUCAUCGCAGCGUCAUUUGGUGUCGUAGCAUGCAUUGCUUGCUGCUUUUUGGGUGACAUGCGCAAGACGAUGAACUAUCGCGUUGAUGCACCAGUUGAGGAUCUCCAUGCGAAGCAUGCUCAUCACACUGGGCCUCAAGCGGCGUAG